AUGGAAGAACCCACGGAGAAACCCAUCCCAUGCCCUCCCUCCUUAACAGCCUCAACGCCCAAACUGCCCUCAGCCACAUCCCAAGCCCUCAUAGCCCAUCUGCGGGCCAACACAAACGCCAUCCCCGAACUGUCAAAUCUCCUCUCCGACUCUCUAAACCGCACAGGCUGGACCGACCGGGUCAAAGCCCUGGCACUGGAACUCCUCCGCAACGGAAAGUGCGACACGUUCCCCGAGUUGAUGGCCGAAGUCAUGCGUCGGGCCACGACACCCAAGGAGGAGAGCGGCAGCGGCAGCGCCACCUCGGCCAAUAGUAACGACAAAACAAAGGAGGUGAAUGGCACGACCACCACGAAUACGGGUCCGUCAGGAACAGGCGAUGCGUCGACAACGGCCGCACAAUCGGGCGGCGGGGCAAAUAAUGGCAAUAAUGCCAUCGCCUUGUCGAAGGAAUGGUUCGGCGGGCCCGAUGGCCUUCCAGAUGUAAGAGUACCGCUGGCCACCGUGGAGCUCGCCAUUGAGUUCCUACAAGAACAUAUUGCGGAGGUGAUCGAGCCCGUGCAAGAUGUCGAUGAGGGGAGUGAUUAG